GAUUCAGGAGUUUCCUCUGUGUUGUCGAUUUUUUGCUGCGUAGAUUUUUCAUCAUUUUUUGAAGUGUCUUUUUCUUGUUUUUCCUGUUCCUUUUCAUCACUAACAGUACCUCCGAGCCACGAUGUAACGCUGUUAAACAUGCUGCACGGUUGCUUUUCACACUGCUACUCCGCUAUAUACAGAUAUUCAGCAAAGUAGAUGAUGUUUUGAAAAAAUUACAGAAAUUGUUUGGUUUUGAGACUAAAUUUCAGCAUGGCGACUUUUUAUGGAGAAAUUGUUCAGCCUUACUCAAGAGCUGUUGACGACGACGAUGAUGAAGAUGAUGUCAUUCCAGAUACUAGUUGCUCUGUAUUGAGAUGGUCUCCAACUGCAAAGUUGGAAAUGGAGGAGUCUCCAACACAGUGCCUUCAAUGUGAAGUUCUCAUUAUUGCCAUUGGCCAGGAGGCCACAGGUUUUUCUCAGGCCUAUCUUCUGGAGAAUGACGCUGAGAUUAUCUGUGUGAUAUGUAGCGGAAUGGAUGAACAGGAUGUGAACACAUUCUCCCAGACGGCACCAACAGAUAAAACAUGUUAUAUAUAUCGACUCAAAUCUCGUCCUAACAUCAUGAUGUGCAUGUGCAACUCUAAGGUGACCUCGGAGGCCUCUUAUUCCUGGACUGAAAAGGUUUUUUCUAAGCUUGAAAAACCACCAGACCAACAAAUGUAUGUGGCAGUGUUAUCAUCCACGUUAGCAUCUGAAUUCAAAAGUGAAACCCCCAUAGGUGAUUUGAAAUUACCAUUCUUGAGGUCGCUUUCUACAAAUGAAUUCCCAGGGACACCAAUAUGCCCAUAUUUGGAGGUGCCCAAUGUAGUACCAGGACUUCCUGCCUCAAGUGAGUAUUUGUCAAAAUUUUCAAUAACCAUCUCACUGUUUCUCUCUGUGCUUGAUGCUUUGGUAGAUUUCAAAUAG